AUGGCUAAGGUAGACCAGUAUUUCUUAGAAAACCAAAAACAUUCCUUUCCACUUCAGUUAAGAACUUCUUACAAUGAUCAAUAUUGGAAAAGAGGAUAUGGAUAUACCAUUAAUAGUCGAUCCAGCUGCACCCUCUUUCAGGAUAUCUUUCAGCACCUGGACAAAGCAGUUGAAGAGAAGCAAAGUACUAGACACCAAACCCAGAAUCUUGAGCAUACUAAGUCUCAGCCAGUUUCUUCUCCAAUCGUCCUUCAGUUUGGUCAUGCAGAGACCCUUCUUCCACUACUUUCUCUCAUGGGCUACUUCAAAGACAAGGAGCCUCUAACAGCUUAUAAUUACAAGGAACAAAUUCAUCGAAAGUUCCGAAGUGGUCAUAUUGUACCUUAUGCCUCCAACCUAAUAUUUGUGCUUUACCAUUGUGAAAAUGCCAAGACUCCUCAGGAAGAAUUUCAAGUGCAGAUAUUAUUGAAUGAAAAGGUGUUGCCCUUGGCUCACUCACAAGAAACUGUUUCUUUGUAUGAGGAUCUGAAGAACCACUACAAAGACAUCCUCCAGAGUUGUCAAACCAGCGAAGAAUGUGAAUUACCAAAGGUGAACAGCACAUCUGACGAGCUAUGAGUAAUUGAAGAACGUUUUUAGUUCAUCAGUGCUUCCCCAUAGGGAGUGAUUACAUGUUUAUAAUAAGUAGACAAUAUCUUGAUUACAGAAGCUUUCAUAUUACUUGGCUAUUUCUGUCUUUUCACAGAAAAACUAAGUUUUUGGGGGAGGGUCUGGACCUGAUACAUAGAUAAGAAAUGAUUUUCACUGGAGCAGCUCUCUUAAGGAAAUAAAAAAAUCUUUUCAGAGAGACAACUAACACAGAAAGUGUUUACAGAAAUGAAAUUUUUCCAACUUCUAUGAGAAACCUCACACUGAAGUAGAGUAUAAUUUGAAAAUGAUACUUGCAAAGUCCUAGAUUAUCAAAACAUGUCAAUUGGAUGAUCCGUAAUUUGAUUUAACUGGUCUAAUUGUGCUAUAGAUCUGUUUUUUUUCUCAGGUGGAACAGUUCUAGUAUUAAUUGUGUCUCUUAAUCAGAAAUAUUGUGAUUAACUAAGAGUAUCACUUUAGAAGAAAGCUAACAAAGUAAGACUUUGAAACAGUGUUAAGAAACAGACUGAUUUAAAAGGGCAUUUUCACUGAAUGAAGCAAGAAAAAAGUAAGAAUUAUUUUUGUUAAUAGUAUUUUAUAAAGUAUUUAAAUUCUUUCAACAAUUACUUUUAAUAAGUCUUGCAAGGCUAUUUCAAUUAUCAUCAGACCUGUUUUAAGUAUACAAAAAUGGAAAGACAAAAGAGGACCAUUAGCAACAAGUCAGAUGGAUAAAUCAGAGUUUCUUAAAUUCAUUGUUUAGGUAUCUUUUUCAUUUUGUCCCUUGGCUCCCAUUUUUAAAUUUUAUUAUGUGAAGUGUAUCCUUUUUUUUUCUUUUUAUAUUCUUAGAUAUACAUGACAGUAGAGUAUAUUUUGACAUAUUAUAUAUACAUGGAGUGUAACUUCCCAUUCUUGUGGUUAGAAAUGCAUCUUUUGGUUGUUUGAUUUCUUUUUCAUUAAAAAAAAGAAUAUCAUCCUAGCUGACUUAGUUUCAUACAUCUGAACUCAUUUCAUAGAAAUACUUCUGAGUUCUAUCAAAUGCCAUGAAAAUAUUUCCUACAAUAAACAAAAUUCUUCUUUA